UCUUUUCGUAGAUGGAUUUCCGAAGCGAAGGGUAGUAGGGGGUAGAUGAUAGUCCAGAAAAUCGUUAUUUAUAUGCGCACGUUUAUUUUCAAUGCGAAUUUUUAUAGAAAUAAGUUAAAAGAAGUGUUCUAGACGAAGCGGCUUUAAUUACUUAUUCGUAUUUUCUAUAAAUUGAAGAAAUUACUCGAGAAAGUCGGACAGGAAAGAAUGUAUUUAUCAAGAAUUAUUGUUUAAUAAUAAUUGAAUGAUCGUCUGAUCAUUAUCAAUUGUGAUUUCAAAAACAGUUUUGGGGAUUGCCCCAUUUCAAAGACUCGAUGGAGGUGGACCAUGUCACAACUGAUUUAGAACAGGCGGGAGGUUCAGCGUUUGAUGCUUUCCUGCAAACCGGUAGAACAGGUCGACGUAAUGCUCUUGCAGAUAUUAUGGAACAAAAUGCAACAAUCAGUACCGCAUCUCUUCCAGGCAGUUUGGAGAAACUGUCAUGCUCAGAUGUUCCGACACAAGGGACCAGCAAAAAUACAAGUUCGGGAGAAGACAUGGACACUUCGAAUCAACCGUCGACAUCCGACGCAGGGAGGAUAUCCAAAUCGCAGCAGGUCGCUGCAUAAACGACAAAGAAAACACAGAAUUCAAAAGCAUCAUUUGGGAAGUAGACGAAGCGAGGCCAUUUUAGUUUUAACAUUUCUACCGAGCAUCUAGUCUUCAAAUGUAAUCUCCCAAGAUUGUUUACAACAUUGUGAUAGUAUUAAGGUAAUUACCUGUACAAAGUAGUUUUAAAUGAACAAAAAAAACGAGCACAUUUAGAUUUAAAACUGUUGCCGCUUUAUACCGUGUGUGGAUAUCGAAUCCACGAUUUAAUCUAGCAAUCUUUCAUAAUGUUUUUAUGCCAAACCUUCGAUUUCAAAAAACAAAAACCAAAAAAAAAGUUUUGAAGUUUGCUGUUACCGAGUUUAUUGUUGUUUGAUAAAGAUGUGUACGCUUUUCAAUUUUAUUGAGAUAACAAAUUUGUGCUCAACGAGAUUUUAUCUAGGUCGUAGACAAUAACAUUCCCCAAAAAAUCCAUAGUUUCGAGUAGAUCAAAACUUUGUAUUUAAAUUUAUUUAUACGUAAUAGUGUAUAUUUCGGUAGUUAUGUGUCGUUAGUACAUGACAAUACUUAAAUAUAAGGCAGUAUUUUUUUGUCUGUUAUACCAUAAAUUAUUCUUUGUUAAUGUAAGUAUUAAUUAUUGUGGGAUCUCGACAGGAAACGAUGUGUGUAUCAUUGUUUGUUAUAGUAAAAAGAAAAGAAAUAACCGUUUUUAAUGUUGGUUAGUGUAAAUCCGUAGUCUACAAAAGAACGGCCGACUUCAUGCUGCACAGAAAAAGUCCUGUAUAUUCCUAUCCGUGACACUUCCAUAAGGUAAAUAUAUAACGAAAAAAUUUCUAGUUAGAUUAUAUGAGAUGUCAUUUUCUAAAAUGAGUUGACUGUUGCUGUACAAAAACUUUUACAGAAACACUUUUCAUACAAUGCUUUUCCCACAAUAAAAGGGUUAAUUUAAUUUGA